AUGAAUUCCAAGCUCUUGACUAUUUUGUCGUUAGUUCUCGCUACUCUAUUAUCCAUAUCAAUCGCAUAUCCGUCUGAGGUUGGCAAAAGAACAUCGGAUGCGAGUACCAUCAAAGAAAUUACGCAAAACUAUUUCGUUACCGAUGAUCCUAAUGUCGUCGUCGAGAUCGGAAACGUAGAUGAUAAUGGUUGCAUUUCAUUCUAUGCUAAUAUCAUCGAUAUCACUGAAAUUGAUGGUCUUUUAUGUCCGAAUGAACUUAGUCUUAAAGUUUGCGUAACAAUUCUUGGUUAUAAUGUCGGAUGUAUAGAUGGAGAUCUCCAGGGAGUCAGGCUUAGCAUAAACUUACUGCUAGUCAAAGGAUCAGUGGCAUUCUAUAUGGAUGGAACUUGUCCAUCCUUAGCUUACGAUCUCAUUCCUACAUGGGAUGAAUCUGAGUAUGGCGGAGAACUUGAGACAUUAUGUUAUUAA